UUUGUGCACGUCUCAGGCAGUCGCCCGUGAAGGAAAAAACAUGGACCAUGGCAUGAACGUCGCGGAUACCUUCUCCGUUGUUUCUCCAGCAGCUGCGGGUUGCUUGUGGCGCACGAAAUGGGUACCGUGUUAAAGGGGUUUAGAAACUCGCCAGGUAUUGUGCUCCUGAUCGCUCGCAACGAACAUGACAGGCUUUGGGUUUGGAGGAUACCCGGAGGCAACAUUGCCAGGCUCUUCCCAGAUGGCUGCCGAUGCUCCAGCAGCAGCGGCAGCGAAGUUUUCGAGCUUGGGACAGGGCGUCAACGUUGUCAUGACAGCAGCCGGGGGUCUGCUAGUUCUGGUGGGAUUCAUCGCCUUCGGGAUAUGGAUGUGCGGCCGCGCUUCCUCCGCUCAGAGUGCUCGCGUCGCGCAACAGGUGGAAGUUGUCAAGCCCGGCUUGAGCAAGGAGGCGAUAGCAAGGAUACCAAUCACCAGCGGCUUUGCGAAUCCAGAGGGGGGCACUAGCAGCAGCAGCAGUAGCGAGGCGUGCGCGAUUUGCCUGGGUGAAUUGGACGACAGGGUCCGGGUCCUUCCCAAAUGCAGCCACGCCUUCCACGCCGAGUGCGUCGAUAUGUGGCUCUUCUCGCACAAGACUUGCCCGACUUGCCGGUCGGAUCUCUCCAGCCUCGAGCAGCAGCAGCCAGAUCAAAUGGCGGUGGUGGUGGUGGUGGAUUCCCGGUGACGAUCGAGAGUUCUCUCGUUGCGGUUUCGCUCUCUAGCUCUUUCGCGUAGUCGUAGAGGCAGGAGGAGUUGGAUUGUCAUGUCAGUUGAAAGUCCGGACUGGAGAUAUCAAUGUAGGAAGGAUUGUCUCUAUGCGAUGAGCAGAGAGCUCUUAUUUGGCUCGCAUGGCAUCAACGCUCGGCUUAUAUCCAGGUCGCGACGCGAUAGAGAGACGAUCGAAAGCGAAAGAAGUCGUGUGGUCCUGUAAACAAUCAGAGCAAGGAGAACAAGUUCUUCUUAAUC